AUGACAUUUUGCUUAGUUAUAUAUUUAUGUUAUCUUGAACUUGAACUUUUGCGAUUAAGAAAUUUCAAAUAUUUGAAUGCUAAUUCGAAUAUCAUCUUUCGUAGAGCUGCCAGGGCUGAUUAUGAAUUCACGUAUGUGAUCCUUGGUGGUGGCGUGGCUGCUGGAUAUGCAGCUAGGGAAUUUGUUAAGCAAGGUAUUAAGCGAGGAGAGUUGGCAAUUAUCUCGAAAGAAGACGUGGCUCCAUAUGAACGUCCCACGCUUAGCAAGGAAUAUCUUCUCCCAGAGACACAUGCUAGACUUCCAUAUUUCCAUGUGUGUGUUGGAAGUGGAGGAGAAAGACAAUUUCCUGAGUGGUACACAGACAAAGGAAUAAAAUUGAUCCUUAGCACAGAAAUUGUUGAAGUGGAGCUUAAUUCCAGGGAUCUUGUUAGUGCAUCUGGUGAUGUCUUCAGAUAUCAAACAUUGAUAAUAGCAACUGGUUCCACCCCGGUAAGGUUGACAGAUUUUGGUGUGCAAGGAGCUGAUGCGAAAAAUAUCUUCUACUUGGGAGAAAUUGAUGAUGCUGAUAAGUUGGUUGAAGCAAUUCAGGAAAAGAAAAAUGGGAAGGCUGUGAUAAUUACAAGAAAUUAUUUUGGUCUUGAGGUUAGUAAAGCUUUUCAAAAGAACAAUUUUGACGUCAGCAUGGUUUUUCCUGAAGACUGGUUUAUUAGUCAGUGGUUCAAUUCUGUAAUUGCUGCUUCCUAUCAUUCUUAUUAUAAAUCCAAAGGAAUCAAAAUUUUUAAAAGCACUCGUGCAGUUGGGUUUAACGCUAACUCUAGUGAAGAGGUCAAGGAAGUGAAGUUAAAUGAUGGCACUGUGCUGGAAGCUGACAUUGUGAUUGUUGAUAUAGGAAUUAAAGCUAUUACAUCAUUACUUCUGGGUCAGUUUGAACAGGAGUUGGGAGGAAUAAAGACUGAUGCAUUUUUCAGGACAAGUGUUCCUGAUGUUUAUGCUGUGGGAGAUGUGGCUACUUUCCCUUCGAAAUUGUACGGUAAUGAGAAUAUUUUAUGGGUUCCAGUAGUUGACCAUGCUCGCAAAUCAGCCGAGCAGGCUGUGAAAGCCAUCAAGGCAAGUGAGGAAGGCAAGGCAAUUGAUGAAUAUGACUACCUACCUCACGCAUAUUCUCGUUCCUUUGAUCUUUCAUGGAAUUUCUAUGGUAUACGAUCUGGUGGCGAGCAGGUGAUAUUUGGAGAAAUGGAUCAUGUAUCACCACUGCAUAAGUUUGGAGCAUACUGGAUCAUAAACGGGAAGGUUUGGGGAACUUUCCUGCAGAAUGGGACUCCAGAAGAAAACGAGGCCAUGGCCAAAGUUGCUAGGGGCCAGCCUCGAGUUUAUAAUUUGAAUGUACUGAAGGAGCAGGGUCUUUCCUUUGCCACAAACUUUUGA